UGUGUUGCUCCACACAGACCAGGAGAGCAGGACGCAAUUACAGUCAAAGCUUUUUCAAGUGUGUCAGAUAUCUCCAACUUGCCACCUUGACAACUGACAAGUUACAAACACCUCACGAGUUUAUUUUUCAACUUGUGAUUUAUUCCACAAACUCGGGACUGUCUGAGAGUCAUGAUGGAUAUGAACGUGCUGGGAUGCGCGAUGCUUUUCCCUUUCCAGAUCUUCUUGGGCGUAUUGAGAGCGAUCGUGCGCUUCUUCACCAGCCAGCAGCGCAGAGAUCUGAGCGCUGAUGUGGUUCUCAUCACUGGAGGUGGAAGAGGAAUCGGCCGUCACCUGGCCAAAGAGUUUGCCAAGCAGGGAGCAAGAAAGGUGAUUCUGUGGGGCCGUACAGAAAAAUGUUUAAAAGAGACAUGUGAGGAGAUAUCUAUGUCUGGAACAGAGUGCCAUUACUUUGCAUGUGAUGUGGGCAAUAGAGAGGAGGUGUACCAGCAGGCGAAAGUGCUCAGGGAAAAGGUUGGGGACGUCACCAUUCUCGUAAACAAUGCAGCUGUUGUCCAUGGGAAAAGUCUAAUGAACAGCGAUGAUGAUGCACUCUUGAAAACUCAACACACAAACACGCUUGGACAGUUCUGGACCACAAAAGCAUUUAUGCCUCGUAUGCUGGAGCUGUGUAAUGGCCACGUGGUGUGCAUUAACUCCAUUCUCUCACUUGCCUCCAUCCCUGGAGCCAUCGAUUACUGCACGUCCAAGGCCUCGUCUUAUGCCUUCAUGGAAAGCCUAACACUGGGCCUAUUGGACUGUCCUGGUGUGGGCUGCACCACAGUGUUACCCUUCCAUACAGACACCGAGAUGUUCCAGGGCAUGAGAGUUAGGUUCCCUAAGCUGUUUCCUCCUUUGAAUCCUGAGAUGGUUGCCCAGCGUACUGUGGAUGCUGUUAGGACUAACACUGCCUUUGUUGUCCUGCCAAGGACCAUGCACUUUCUUGUCAUACUUAAAAGCAUUCUGCCCCAGUCUGCCCUGGAAGAGAUUCAUAAGUUCUCAGGAAGCUACACAUGCAUGAACACAUUCAAAGGACGGACUUAAACUCAGGAAAAAACUCUCAAAACUUUUUCUUUUCACGCAGACUAAGCACUACAUUCAGGAACAUCAAAAAACUUUUGCUUUGUGGAGGCAAAAAGACAAUGAAAGGGACAUUGGGAUCAACGUAUCAAGAUGGCCUGCUUUCCCAAGGACUAUUAUGUCUGAAAGUAUUACGUGGAUUAAUUUUUUAUUUGGAUUCCCUAUACUGGACUGAAAUCAGGCAUACAGGUCAAAGUGCUCCUUGGACAUUGCGAUAAAAAGUUUGAAGCAAAGACUUAUGAGGUUUUUGGUGGGGUUCUUUUGCUCUCAUCAUUUUGUCCUGAGUUUACUGUAUGUUUUAUAUAUAUAUUCACAAAUUUUUUGUAACACAAGUGCAUGCAAGUUGGCUCUCCAACUUGUUUUAAUUAAUUCCAGCAUGUCUAUCUUCAUAUUAAUGACAAAUUUAAAUAAACAUUAUUUGAUCUACAACAACAACAACAACAACAAACAAACAAACAGUGAGUGUUGUUUUGUGGGUGUUCAUGUGGCAACACGAACACAUUGACUGAGUGACAACAGUCAAUCCCUGGCAGUGUGCUUGUUUUGUCUGUGCCAAAACUCACAGGCAUUUCAUGGUCAGCAUUCCACCACUGCAGGCCAGCAAAUUGUGAGCUCAUUAUACACUAGGCAGGGUUGCCAUAAUACUAACCAAGCUUAACAGGAAAGCACACCAGAGAGGCGACAGCCAUUGGAAGGCUAAUAGACAAAUUGUGGUUUCGGUACACUAGCAUUGGUAUCAUUUAUUCAGCUUUGUCAAUCACACAAGGCCGGCAUACUGACAUUCACUGUCAUUACAGCUGUAUCUCACCAAACAGAUGGGUAGAUAAUGCAAAGCCUGUGAACAGAUUCUCUCAUAUGCCUCCAUCUGCCAAGAUCUAAGACUGUGUAACCUCAUAAAAUUUAAUUUACAGUUAGAUUGCAGUCAGCUGUUUUUCUUUCUACAUCUUACACAACAAUUCUUUCCAUGCAGUGCAUCCCUGCUGCAGUGCAAGAAGACAAUAGGGUUUAUCGAAGUACACUUGGGACUUAAACUGACAUAAAAUAGGCACAAAGCAGCUAUUGCAAUUACAUGAUUAUCAAUUCACUUCACAUCACAUUCUUUAGACAGCUGUUACAUUGUGGUUGACAAAAAAAAAACAAAAAACUGCGUUCUGAUAAACUAUUUGAAAUAAAUUAACAUAGAAAAUGGGGUUGGAUGAAUAAUCCUGAAAAAAAAAGAAGAAUAAUUUUGACCACAAAUGCAAAAACUGAACAAUGAGUCUUGGCAUGUCUAACAGUAAUGAUGGACGCUGUUGAGAGUGGGAUCAAGACACGAGUGCAUGUGUGUUGGAAAAGUCAGCUCAAAUCUCAGGGGGUGAGUUCAGAGCAAGGUUAGCCAAAUAGUAGAUAAAUCUGAGUAGGCUGUUGGACAGACAGCUCACCCUGUGAUGAACCCUUUGCCCAGGGAAAAGAACAGCUUUGUGUGACCCAGCACAGGUGUAAAAGAAUUAGGACUGCAUUGGAUGUUAAUUGCAAUGAUAGGGACACUUGGUAACUCAUCCCUGUUAAAACAGAUAACAUAAAUAAUGUUGAAUUUUCACAGAUCUAUGUAUUACUGGGAUCAUAUGUGGGCCAGACUUGUCAGAUUGUUCUUUGUUAAAGUGUUAUGUUUCCUUGAACUUAUGGACCAAGUGUUUCAUAUGACAGCAACUCAUUUGUAACUAAUUACAAUGUUGAUUAAUCAAAGCACAGAUUUGCAACAAGAUCAACAUGUUCCAGCAGAGUUACAAUGCUUUUGUUUGUGUAAAUGCAAAAUGUUGAUCAGUUGAU